UCAUAAAAAAUAUGUGAAGAUGAAAGUUAUUUUUAAUUAUUUAUUUUGAAUAAUAUAUUUGACUUUUCGUUUGGUACUAAAAUGUCUAGUGUAAUCCCACUUGAAGAUUGGUUAUUCGGGUACUGUUUUGUUACGUUGUGAACGUCGUGUCUAUAUUUAGAAGCAAAGUUUACAUAAAUUAUGAUUUUAAUAAAGCUAACAGUACAAUUCUCGCGAAUAAGAAACAAGGUGAUCACAAGGAUUGUAGAAGAGCGUGCUCCGAGUAAGGAUGGUGCACCUGGAGAUGACGGGGGGCCAACAAUGCUGCAGCACAUUAACUAUAAAUGAUCUGCCCAAUGAACUGCUUAUCUACAUUUUUUCUAAAAUAGAUUUUGAAUCACUGCUGGCCGUAGCAAAAGUUUGUAUGAGAUGGCAGCAACUCUGCCUGACCCCAUGUGUGUGGGACAACACGCGCCUCAUUGUGUGCAUGAAAAACUAUGUGAGGAUAAGUGAAAACAUUGUGCCUUUUGUAGCAAAGUAUUUAAAAAAUGUAAAAUUACAGUAUUUCAAGUUGUAUUCACAAGUAAGGGCUUCCCUCAUUAGCUACUGUCCUAACUUGACUCGUCUAGAAAUUAGCAUAUCUCAAGUUGAUAGUUGUAUAUUCGAUGAUCUACAAUACUGGCCUAAUUUAAAAUUUCUGAGUUUCCGUAAUUCUUUAAUAGUACAAAACCCAGAGAAUGCAAAUGGGAAUUUUGUUUACCACUUGCCUUUUGAAAAAUUAAAGAAUCUUGAAACUUUGGUUCUCUCAAAUUUUGCUCUUACACAUAGCAGCCUUUACAGCAUGCUCGAAUGUAACAGUUUAGUGAGUAUUAAUAUGGAAAAAAUGAAAAAUAUCCCUGCAGAUUUCUUAGAAUCCUUGCUGAGGACCAAGCAAGCCACUCUUGAAGCAUUGUACAUUUAUGGAGACACAUUGAAUGAUGAUAUAGUUCGCUACAUAUCCAACUGCAAGGCGCUACAGGUCCUGCAUGUCAUGACCUGCAAAACCCUGUUUGAUUCCAGUCUGUUGCACUUAAACAGGUUAAAAAACUUACGAUCACUCAAAUUGCGACAUGGGUAUUUUUCAACCACAGCUUUACUUGGUUAUUUUACAAAUAAUGUGUUCCAACACUUGACUUACCUGAGUCUCUCCCGCUGCCCGCACGUGACCAUGCAGGUUGCCCGGGCCAUCAAAGCAAGUGCACCCAAUCUUGAGGAAAUGUCAUUCUAUUUGUGCCCAUUUAUUUGUGCUCCAGGUUUUAACCGAGGAGAGUUAGAAAAUAUGUUCAAUAUACAACUACUCCUUGACUAA